AUGUCACGAUCUUUAUCAGUUCUGCUAUUGGUUUGUCUUCUGGCAGAGUUCUUCUCUGAGGAGGCACCUAUAUAUCGCAAUGGGUUUGGAUACUUCUGCGAAGGUAAAAUACCAAAUUGCCUUCCAAAUAGUUGCAUAUUGGGUGUAACCUCGCGAUUUCUUUGUACAGAAUGCGAGUCUGGAUACGUACCGAUUGAUGGCAAGUGUGUUCUGGCUGGAGAUUCCAAGGCUACUCGGUCUGGCUGUGCUAAAUCUCAAACAGGCGGAUGGUGCACUAAGUGCGGCGAUGACCACUUUGUUUUUUAUGGUGGGUGCUAUAAUUUAUCUCAAGACUGGACAAAGUUCAUUUGUGAACGAGCAGAAAAGGGGAUCUGUGUAGAAUGUGCAAAAACAAACGAAACGCAGCCAUCUGUAGCCUUCACCAAUCCCAGCACUAGCACUCCCGAGCGAUGCAUCUCAUGCGGAGACACUGUGGGCUUUGGUGGAUAUAGUGGGAUAUAUGGGUGUCUAGUUUGUAACUCUUCAAGGAUAAAGCAAGAAGUGGUCCCAAAUUGCUACCAAUGUUCAGACCACAAAAAUACAUGCUCGUAUGAUUAUCGAUGUAAGCACAUCACUGAAGGUGCAAGCAAUGGUCUUUGUGGAUACUGUCCCGAAACACACAUUUGGAGCUUUUAUGCUUGUUAUGCCAGAGAUACUCCAAUAAGCAACAGCAUCUGUCUACCGGAGAAUAUCAUGGAGAUGUCUGGGCAAUCCCUAUGCUCUCGCUGCACCAACCCAUCAGAGAUUCCUCUGAAUGGCCUCUGUCUAUCAAUAACUGGGUUUGAAGACAUUUGCGUAAAGGAUCCUGAAUCGGGAAGGUGUACAUCUUGUAAGAAUGAGGGCAACAGGCAAUAUUUCUUGUUUUAUGGUGGAUGCUACUUAUUUAAAGAUGUUUCGGAUCAAAUAGAAUCUCAGAUUUGUCAAGCAGUGAAAGAAAACGUUUGUACCGCAUGUAACAGCUCAACCAAAGAGGUGUUCACCAAGAACAACGGAUGCUGGCGCUGCGGGGACUCAGCCAACGGGGGAAUAGAGGGAUGUCAAAGGUGUGAGAUGAAGGACAGUAGUCUUCAGUGUCUGGAGUGCCGCGACCUCUACCUGAGCCUGGAUAAGAGGAGCUGCCUGGCCAGCUGUCCCAAGGGGCAGAAGGGCGUGCAGGAGUCCUCAUCCUCGGUCCACAGCUGCGCAUGCGAUGACGAGUCCUAUCUGAAGGACGGGAAGUGUGUCGGGUGCGCGGUGGAGAACUGCGCUGAGUGUGAUGAAUCGAGCUGUAAGAAGUGCAAGUAUGGCUACACACUCUCCGAUAGUCAGUGCGUGGCGACCAAGUGCAAGGACCCCAACUGCGACACGUGCGAGGACAGAGACGUGUGCACAAAGUGUACCGAUGGCAACAGCCUCGACCCCCACGGUCUGUGCGUGAAGGACUGCCUGGGCUCCGCCGGGUACUACAAGGCCACCGUGGGCGGCGUCUCGAGGUGCGUGGCGUGCACGCUCGGCAACUGCGCAGUCUGCGAGUCGGAAUCCAAGUGCAAGGCAUGCAGGGACGGGCUCUACGUCGAGGGCUCGGGAGGAUGCAAGCCGUGCAGCUCUGAGUGCGCCACGUGCAGCGGACCGGCAUCCGGCGACUGCACCUCCUGCCCUGCCAAGAGGCGGCUGCAGUACAGCGACGGUGCCAAGGGAUCGUGCGUCCCGCAGUGCGUGCAGGACAGCAGCUGUGCAGAGUGCGGGCUCACGGUGGGCGGGACCAGCUACUGCUCGCGCUGCGUCAAGAGCACGGAGUACCCCAACAACGGGGCGUGCACCUCCUCCAGCUCGCGGGCGGCUGGCAUCGCGUGCGCGAAUGUCGCCGCCGGUAGGUGUGUUGUUUGCAGCUCGAACUCCUUCAGGCUCAACGGGGGGUGCUACACCUCCACGCUCCUCCCCGGGAAGACUGUCUGCACGAAGGCGAGCGACGGCUGGUGUGACAGCACCGUGGCCGGGUACGGGAUAACGUACAACGGAACGCUCCUUACAUGCCCGACGAACUGUGCAAUGUGUAGCGGUGGAGCCUGUAGCGCCUGCAACAGCGGGUUCUACCUGGAGAAGGGGGCGUGCAAGGCGUGCUCCAAGGGCUGCGCCACCUGUCCUCAUGGGGAGGCAUGCUUCGACUGCCUGGCCGGGUACUACUUCUCCGAGAGCACGUGCAAGGCGUGUCACAAGGCGAUCUCCAAGUGCAGCCUCUGCGUGGUUCCAGAGGGCGCAGUCAAGCCCAUAUGUCUGGAGUACGAUAACACCUCUAAAAAGUCCGCCCUCUCGUCUAGUGCUAUCUCUGGCAUCGCCAUCGGCGUGGUCCUCGUCGUCGGCGGUGUGGCGGCUGUGCUGGUUUGGUUUUUCGUUUUCCGAAAGAAGGCCGGAGUUCCACUGCUCUACAAGCAGUCUAUCGUUGCAAGCACCCAUUAA